GGAAACAGUGGAAAAUGAAAAGAGAAGUGAAAGGUUAGAGGAGUCAAUGAAGGAUAAUACUAAGGGAUUUGAUGCACAGAAUACAUGCCAAUUGAAUGAUAAGGCGGAUGAUGGGCAGUUGUUUGAAUCAGGAGAGUCGUAUGAGAAAAAAUCACCAUUAUCUACAAAUACAUUUAUACAUAGUAAUUCAUCUAAGGAAAGUGCGGUAAAAGUGAAUCAGAAUAUUCCUUCUAUAUCGUCAUUAUCAUUUCAUUGUCCUAUGAUGUCUAUUCAGUCGGUACUUGGUGAAGAAUCUAUUUCUUGGAAUGCAAAUACAGAAUCAUCGAAUAAAAACUUUCCUAUGGAAGGAAUUAAUAAUAAAAUAGAUAAUCGGGAGACAAUACCGUCGCUUAUUCAUCCAUAUUCAAAUGAAGUAUUUCAUCCAAAUAUGAAUAUGAACUCUUCAAGACCUAUGAAUCAAUAUCACUCAUUUAAUAAUAUGUUAAUGUAUGAGGAUGAAGCAAAUCAAAAGAAAAAAAACUGUAAUGGAUAUCGACAUCUUCAUUCAUUUAAUCAAUCAUCUCAACUACCGGUUCCUUUAUUUUCAAAUAAUGUAAUUAUUCCAUCAACAUUACCACCGCUUUUCCAGGGACAUCAGCCAUUAAAUCAAAAUAUGGAUCGAGGAAAAUUAUAUCCAAUGAAUCAUAUGGAAGAAAAUUAUAAUUCUCCUGCAUCUAAGAUUAAAUUUUCGAAUAAAUCAAAUACCUCACCAAAAGUUCAAAAAAAUGCACAUCUUCGUUCAAGUUUAGGCGCAAAAUCAGCAGAUCAUCAUGAAAAUGAACAUAAAGUUCGAUCAUCUACUAAACAUAAGUUACAUGAAACUAAUCAGUCCUCAUAUAAAACAAGUGCAUCAAAUACUCCGGUUAAAACGUCACAAGAAACUUCACAAAAGAAAUUUCAAAAAGAUACGAAAAAGCAACUUCUUCUUCAACCAAAAGAACCUCUUCCAAGGCCAAAAUUAAUCGUUAAAAAUGACGCUGUUAUGAAUUUCAUAAAAGACAUGGAAGAAAUGGAUUUAGGAGAACAUAUAUAUACCCCAUCUAAUCCAGUACCACGCCUUGAUGGAAAAUUAAACGGAAUUCUAACUAUUCGCAUUGCUAGACAAUAUUUUCAUAAAUCGGAAAAUGAUAAAAUUAAAAAACGUGCAUUAUGGGGUACUGAUAUAUAUACAGAUGAUUCUGAUAUUGUUGCAAUCUUAUUACAUACAGGUCGUCUUGGAAGGAAAAAACCAUCAAGCGACGCAAUCGUUAAGGUUCGCGUACUUCCUCGUCUUAUUAAAUAUAGUGGUAGUUUAAGAUAUAAUAUUAUGUCUCGUGGCUGGAAAACAAGACAUGAUGGAGAAAGCAUUAUGAUUGAAGAUUUGAAAUGGGUUGAAGAUAAAACAAACAGAAAAGGAAGAAAAGAUAUGAAAGAGCGUAUUGCUGCAAGAUAUCGUCUUCAACUUUCUCUUUGAAAUAUAUAAUUUUUAAUUAUAUAUUUCAAAUAAAAAAUCUUUAAAG